GUGUGUCUCGUGCAUGGCCUGGACGGGUGAUGCUGAGCCAGUUAGUGCUUAUUUAAUGCCGACUUGUGAUCGACGCAUGCAUCGUAUCUUAUUCGCUUCCACCGUGUGCGAAGCUUGGGCGAACUUUAUAUGGACGAGAACGCUGUCGUAAAAUGGAUAUCGCUCAUCAGUCGCUUUCAAAUUCCUCGAGUUCGAUUGGAGAAAGGGCUGUUUACCUCAGCCCGCAUAGGCACAAAACUUGACCUUGCGCGCAAGGACGAAGUUCGUUUAUUCGACUUGCUGAGAAGGAAAUGGGCAUGAAUUCGAAUGCGCCGUGGGUGGAAGGGCCAUACAAGCUCAUUCCAAUACCUGCAUCAUCUGGUGGUGUGAAAGUUCAUUAUGCGGUCGAGAUGGCAAACGAAAUGGCGUUCGUACAUAACUGUUUCAUUCGGGGAUUCAACUCGAUCCUGUUGCAAGGUCCUCACAUUCCGUCCUAUGGGCAGCCGGAUUACAGGCCGCAAGACGUCAAAGACUUUCUCCUUUUCACAGACUUCUUGAUCCGCGUUUUACACCACCACCACAAGGUAGAAGAAACAGUAGGCUUCCCUGAGAUCGAGAAAGAGAUUGGAGAGCCAGGGUUCCUAAGCGUCGCCACGGAACAGCACGCACAGUUCCAUGACGGUCUUGAGAUAAUUUGGGAAAUGGCCAAAACUAUGCAGAAUGAUCCGAGCAAGUGGACUUGGGAUGCGAUGAAGCAGUGUCUUGAUUCCUUCAUGCCCGUCAUGUAUACUCAUCUCGUGGAGGAGAUUGACCUCUUCCUGAAGCUGGGACAGUUCAAUGAGAAGGCCUUGAAGCGGGCAUGGAAGGCGUUGGAGGAGGAGGCCAAAAAGAUCGGUUUCGCUGGUUUGUAUGACACCAUACCUACCAUCUUCGGCUGCCACGACGCCUCGUUUCAGAGCGGAGGAAAGUUCCCCCCCGUUCCUAAAGUGUUCCGGUAUCUCGUUAAACACUGGACCUCAAAGCGCAAUCGAGGCGUCUGGAGAUUCUGUCCUUGUGAUGAGUGGUCACGGCCAAAACCGUUGUUGUUCUCCGAGGGCAAAUGAAGAAACUUUGGUGCCAACGAGGGAUGGAGCUUGGUGACUUGUGUUUUUCCAAACGUGAUGUUUGGAUAUAAUGUAAGCGCACUUUUCUCUUUGGAUUUGGAGACCCAAUUGUAUCUGUAUGUGUCAGAGACCUUUAAGAUUUGAGGUUGAGGGGAGGCUUGCCACUCAUUGGAGUAUAUUAGGCUAGGAACGGACGGGGAAUGAGCCCUUCUGCGUCUAGCGGUUGCAUAUGGAUCAAUAUUCUUUGAAACAAGG